AUGAAUCCAGCUACUAAGGAAUUGGAAACUGUUCCUCCUAGCCCAACUGAGUCUUUACCUUUUAAUACUGUUUGGUUUCAUCUUCAUGGAUAUGGCUAUGACCCUGUUAAUAACGACUAUAAGAUCAUUCGUCAUGUUUAUGUUAAAAAAUAUAAACCUUGUGACAAUGUUGAUUGGACUUAUCUGCCAACCGUACCAUGCCCUUUUUGGGAGAUUUAUAGUCUAAGAAGUAACUCUUGGAAGAAACUUGAUUUCAAUAUGCCUACAAGUAUAGGUCGAAAGGUGUACUUGAAUGGAGUGUGUCAUUGGUGGACGAAUACAAAUGUAGAUGAUACUACACAUUUACCCUUGGAUAUGCAAGAUAGCUAUUCUGAUCCUGACGAGUGGGUGAAUAGAUACUUUGACUUGGUGGUGUUAAAUGGGUUUGUUGCAUUGAUCUCAAAGCAUGUAAAGACAACUUCUUUUCACAUAUAUGUUUUGGGCGAACUUGGUGUUAGAGAAUCAUGGACUAAACUCUUUAUUAUCGGACCCUUGCCUAGCGUGGAGCGUCCUGUUGGAGCAGGAAAAAAAGUGACCGAGACAUUAGAGAGUAAAAGCCAUGAAAGGUUCAAGAAGAGCAGGUGGAUCAGGAAAUUCUCCGAUAAUUCAAAUAAAAUGAUACUUGUGGAGAUCAAUUCAGAAGCAACAUCAUAUUGA